AGUUGAACCAAUCGUGUUGCUCGUUGUUGGGAGGUGCUCUAGUGAGGUUCAAACCCUCUCGUCAACAUGUCUUCUUCGGAGGCUAAUAAUGGCCCAAGCCAAGCGCCACCUUAUCCAGGUGUACCGCCCUCAGCGAUACCUCCCCCAUUUAUGGGACCACCAGGAAUACCGCCUCAUUUCCCUCCCAUUGGAAUGCCUCCCAUGGGACAGAGACCACCUAGCAUGACUCCUAUGCCUCCUGGUAUAAUUCCCCCUGGUAUAAUGCCGCCAAUGGGGGCCCCACCUAUGGGACAGAUGCCAGGCAUGAUGCCUCCUAUGAUGCCAGGGAUGAUGAUGCCCCCUCGUAUGCCAGCUGCGGCUGUACAGCCAACAGGACCGCCUGGUGUGGACUCCACAGCUGCUGCACCUGGAACGGCAGGUACCACGAAUGGAUCCCCACAGGAAGACCAGCCAAAGAAGAAGUCCCUGUGGACAGAACACAAAUCCCUGGACGGGAAGACCUAUUAUUACAACACAGAGACGAAGCAGUCCACAUGGGAGAAGCCAGAUGAGCUGAAAUCUCCUGCAGAGCAAAUGCUGUCUAAAUGCCCUUGGAAGGAGUACAAGUCAGACACAGGGAAGCCUUAUUAUUACAACUCUCAGACGAAGGAGUCCAGAUGGACCAAACCCAAGGAGCUGGAGGACCUGGAAGCCAUGAUCAAAGCUGAGGAGAAUGGAACGGUGGAGGCAGCGGCGCCCGGCACCACAGCAGCUCCUGUAGUGCAAGCAGAUAACACGGCCUCUAUGGCAACAGUAUUGGAGGCAGAAACUGCAACAGCCGUCUCAGAGGAGCAACUGUCUCAGGCGACAGCGCAUCACGCAGCUGAGGUGAAGACUGCAGACGCACCUGUGGCUUCUUCAGAGAGCCCGGCCCCCACUGAGGUCACCGCCAGUGUUGAAGUUGCAAAAGAAGAACGACCAGAGCUUCAGAAGAAAACGUACAAGUGGAACACUAAAGAGGAGGCCAAGCAAGCCUUUAAAGAGCUGCUGAAAGAAAAGGGUGUGUCCUCAAACUCCUCCUGGGAGCAGGCUAUGAAACUGAUCAUCAACGAUCCUCGCUACAGUGCCCUUCCCAAGCUGAGUGAGAAAAAACAGGCGUUCAAUGCCUACAAAGUCCAGACAGAGAAGGAGGAAAAAGAGGAGGCCAGGAUUAAAUACAAGGAGUCCAAAGAGACCUUUCAGAGAUUCUUGGAGAACCACGAUAAAAUGACCUCUACCACCAGAUACAAGAAAGCAGAGCAGAUGUUUAAUGAGUUGGAGGUUUGGAGCUGUGUACCAGAGAGAGACCGACUGGAGAUCUAUGAAGAUGUUUUGUUCUACCUCGCUAAGAAAGAGAAGGAACAAGCCAAGCAGCUGAGGAAGAGGAACUGGGAAGCUCUUAAGAACAUUUUAGACAACAUGGCAAACGUCACGUAUCGUACCACCUGGUCUGAAGCCCAGCAGUAUCUGCUGGACAACCCUACCUUUGCAGAAGACGAAGAGCUGCAGAAUAUGGACAAAGAAGACGCCCUCAUUUGUUUUGAGGAGCACAUCCGGGCACUGGAGAAGGAGGAGGAGGAGGAGAAACAGAAAACUCUUCUAAGGGAGAGGAGGCGACAGCGCAAGAACAGAGAGGCCUUCCAGAAAUUCUUGGAUGAGCUCCACGACCACGGCCAGCUUCACUCCAUGUCUGCCUGGAUGGAGAUGUACCCAACGCUCAGCUCAGACAUCCGCUUCGCCAACAUGCUGGGCCAGCCGGGUUCUACUCCUCUUGAUCUGUUCAAAUUCUAUGUCGAGGACCUAAAGGCUCGCUACCAUGAUGAGAAGAGGAUCAUCAAAGAUAUUCUUAAGGACAAAGGCUUUCUAGUGGAGGUCAACACCAGCUUUGAUGACUUUGGAUCGGUCAUCAGCUCGGACAAGAGGGCCACCACGCUGGACGCGGGAAACAUAAAGCUUGCCUUCAACAGCCUACUGGAGAAGGCUGAAGCCAGAGAGAGAGAGCGAGAGAAAGAGGAGGCAAGGAAGAUGAAAAGGAAAGAAGCAGCCUUUAAAAACAUGCUGAAGCAGGCAACGCCACCUCUGGAGCCAGAGGCUACAUGGGAAGGGGUCAGAGAGAGAUUCCUAAAAGAAUCUGCGUUUGAAGACGUCACUCUGGAGUCAGAGAGGAAGCGCAUUUUCAAAGACUUCAUGCAUGUCUUAGAGCACGAGUGUCAGCAUCACCACUCCAAGACAAAGAAGCACUCGAAGAAGUCCAAGAAGCACCACAGGAAACGCUCCCGCUCUCGAUCGGGCUCAGAGUCUGAGGAAGAGGAGUAUCACAAGAAGAAGAAGAGGUCACAGUCCAAAUCUCCCUCUGACCGCUCGUCUAGUGGAGAGUCAGAGAGGAGCUAUAAAAAAUCUAAGAAGCACAAGAAGAAGGGCAAGAAGAGGCGUCACAAGUCUGCAUCACCAGACUCUGACAGUGAGAAGAGAGGCAGAGAGCGCGAUGGGAAGCGUGAAAAGGACCUAGAGAAAGACAAAGAGAAUGACAAGUCUCGGGGGAAAUCUCGCUCUGACUCCAAACAGAAGUCUCCUAAAAGAAAAGCGGUAAAAGAGGAGGGUGGCUGGGACACGUCGGGCAGUGAGCUGAGCGAAGGAGAGUUGGAGAAAAGAAGGAGAACUUUACUGGAACAGCUGGAUGCACCCUGAUGAGGACGGCCAUGACAGUUUCUCUUCUUCUGGUCUUUUUUUGUGAUUUAAACAUGCAUUCCUCUCUGAGCUCAUUGGACUGUUUAAGACGCAAACAUGAAGACUGUGGGAGGUAACGCUGACGCUUCACUGAGCUUACACACCUUUGAGUGGAUAAUUUGAUAUCAGGACACUGAUCAAUCAGUAAUUAUCUUUUUGUUGUUGCUCUUGUUAGUCUUUUUUUAGUUGACUGUAGAUGUACAUGUUCUCCAAUACUUGUAAUAUUUUUUAUAUUCAACUUUCAGUGUUUCAUGUCAAACUGAACGACAUUCACGCAGAAAAAUAGCAUAACAAGGAUUCUUUCUCUCAGACACAGGGAGGUUGUGAUCUAACUUAACAGCAGUUCUAUUCAGGAGAAUGACCCACAGUGGUUUUAAUUGGAGCAUCUGUUAAAAUGGAAAUAUGAAAGUCAUAAUAAAUACUGUUUCAAUCAAUAA